AUGGCAAAAACCAAAGAAGAAAACUUAACAAUAAAACUAGUUGAAGCCGUAGAGCAAUAUCCCUGCUUAUAUAACUUCAAAAUACCUGAAUACUCCAGAAGGGACAUAACAGAAAAGGCCUGGUCAAAGGUAGCAGAAGAAGUCAAAGAGUCAGUUACAUUUUGUAAAGAAAAAUGGAAAAACCUAAGAACUGUCUUUGUCAGAACUAAUAAAUCAGCACCUAGUGGAUCUGCUAGAAAAUCAAAGAGGCCGUACUAUUUAAAUGAACAUUUGCAAUUCCUUUUACCAUAUGUAAAACCUAGCACUGAUUUGACUACUUCAGGAAAUCUUCCUUCUCCCACUCCAGAUCACGACAUUUUAUUAGAAAAUAAUGAACAAAGCGACGCUGAAGACCAAGAUGAAGAUCUCGUUCAACAAGAACAACACGUUAGUGACAAAAUCAUAAGUGAAAACCAAGAAAAAGUUCGUAGUCCUGAAGAAAAAACAAAAGGUAUUAAGAAACGAAAGAGUGAACUUAGUCAAGCUGACCAAAGUUUAAUUGAUUUUGUGAAAAUGAAGAAAACUCAAAUGUGCGGAGAAGAUCCUAGAAGAAUGUACCUUCUUAGUUUAUUACCUGAUGUUAACGCCAUGACCGAUAAACAGAUGAGAAUGUUUAAAAAAAAAGUAUCAAAUUUGAUUGAUGACAUUUUAACUGAAAAUCCAACUCCUCAAAAUCAAACACCGACUUUAAACACUUUAUCUAAUACUCGUCCUCAGACUGCAUUUUCUAAUUACUCCGGUUCGUCAUUAUAUACAUAUAAUAACUCACACAACAGUUUCACGCCAAUCCCCUCUCCUGAAGAAGUUACCUCACAAAUAUGCAACCAAAACGAACACUUAAUAGAUGAUUUGCUGUACAUUGGCUAA